CUAACCCAACGUUUUGAGAUUCUCUUAUUCUUUCUAGCCACCUAUCCAUGAAGCACUAUAUAUAAAUAGCUGCACUUCUAUCCUUUUUAUCAUGCAAAAAACUACAAACAAUAGGAAGACUCCCACCACCUCAAUGCUUUCAUUUGUUUUUCUCCUCGUGAUUUCUUUUUCUUUGGCAGCUUCAGGUGAUACUCAUGAGGAGUUUCUUCAAUGCCUUUCCCUUCAUUCCCCAAACUCAACCUCGAUCUCAAAACUAAUUUACACCCCAAACAACUCUUCAUAUUUAUCCGUGUUAAACUUCUCCAUACAAAACCUCCGGUUCACAUCACCGUCAACCCCAAAACCACUAGUCAUUGUCACACCAUUCGACGAAUCCCAAAUUCAGGCAACUGUCUAUUGCUCCAAAUACCAUGGAAUGCAAAUUAGGGUUCGAAGUGGUGGACAUGACUAUGAGGGCCUUUCCUAUGUGUCCGAUGUCCCUUUUGUCAUUCUAGAUAUGAUAAACCUAAGUUCCAUUACUGUUGAUGCUGAGAGUAAAACUGCUUGGGUUGAAUCUGGGGCAACUGUUGGGCAACUUUACUAUAGAAUUGCUGAGAAAAGUAAAACCUUAGGGUUUCCUGCCGGUGUUUGCCCUACGAUGGGUGUCGGUGGACACUUUAGUGGGGGAGGGUAUGGCGUUAUGUUGCGAAAAUAUGGUCUUGCGGCUGAUAAUGUCAUUGAUGCUCGAAUCAUUGAUGUCAAUGGACAAGUUCUUGAUAGGAAAUCCAUGGGGGAAGACCUAUUUUGGGCUAUUAGAGGUGGUGGGGGUGCUAGUUUUGGAGUCAUUCUAGCAUGGAAAGUAAAUUUAGUCACUGUUCCUUCAACUGUGACUGUUUUUACUGUUGCCAAGACGUUAGACCAAAAUGCUACCAAUCUUAUCCAUAAGUGGCAGCACAUUGCUCCCAAAUUCCCCAAAGAUCUAUUCAUUAGAAUCAUUAUUAACAGGGUGAAUUCUAGUGAAAAUGGAAAGUGGACAAUCCAAGUCUCUUUCAACUCCUUGUACCUUGGAGGCAUCAAUAACUUGAUUCCAUUGAUGCAAGAAUGCUUCCCGGAGUUGGGUUUGACUGAAAAAGACUGCACCGAGAUGAGUUGGAUUGACUCCAUCCUCUAUUUUGCUGGUAUUCCUGUCAGUGAGUCCCUCAAUGUCCUUUUAGAUAGGACACCUCUAACAAGGGUAUUCUUCAAGGCAAAAUCAGACUAUGUGAAGGAGCCAAUUCCGAUAUUUGGAUUGGAAGGGAUUUGGAGAAUGUUUUAUGAAGAUGAGGGGGAACAAGCGGUUAUGAUCUUGAGUCCGUAUGGUGGAAAGAUGGAGGAGAUUGCUGAGUCUUCAAUCCCUUUCCCACACAGAAAGGGAAAUCUCUACAAAAUCCAGCAUUUGGUUAACUGGAAUGAAGAAGGGGAAGAGGUAUCACAAAGGCAUAUAAGUUGGAUUAGAAGGCUUUACAGUUAUAUGGCGCGCUAUGUUUCUAGAUUUCCAAGGGCUGCAUAUAUCAAUUAUAGAGAUCUUGAUGUUGGAGUUAAUAAUAACAAAGGGAACAUAAGCUAUGCACAAGCAAGCAUUUGGGGCAUCAAGUAUUUCAAGAACAACUUCAACAGAUUGGUGCAAGUCAAGACCAAAGUUGAUCCUGGAAAUUUCUUUAGGAAUGAACAAAGCAUUCCUCCUUUUUCAGCUUGGUGGAAAAAGGGUGACUAGAGAGUUAUGGGGCGAGGAAAUUAGUAUGUGGUUCAUCUUCUAAUCUUAAAUGGAUGUUAUGAAUUUUAUGAGUUUUUUUUUUUUGUAAAUUAGGAAUUUAAUGCUGAUUUAUGUGUACCACAGUCUUUUUAUUAACGUGUAUGCCAUUUUCAUUCCGAGUAAA